UUGCAGAACUAGAAAUGGGGCUGAAAUGACGAAGUCAGGCUAUUUCCUGGUGUAUAACAUUACAGCCUGGAGAAAUCUCAUUGGAGACAAAUGGAAUUUGAACCACUCACAGAAGGAAGCUGGAAAAAAAACUCACCUGAGAAGAUAACUCCAGGGCAAAGGAUUGAGGAGGACACUAUUUUCUUUGGAGUUGAUUAUAUAAUAUUCGUAGCAUAGCCUGGAAGGGCACCAUGGCCAGUCACAAGGACUACAAAGAAGCCCUGCAUGAACACCCGGAGGUCUUCCGGAGGUAUCCGCUGGUUCCAGUCCAUGGAGUCCCCCUAAUGGAACCCAUAGCUCAACAAUGGGGUCCCAUUGAAAAUUUUGAAGCCCGGCCAGAUGACCUGCUCAUCUCUACCUACCCCAAAGCAGGUACCACGUGGAUGCAGGAAAUCGUUGAUUUGAUUUAUGCUGGUGGCGACAUAGAGAAAGCACGGCGAGCUCCCACGUAUGUCCGGAUUCCAUUUCUAGAAAUCUGCUCCCCACCUCCUUUGCCGUCAGGGGUUGAUACACUGGUGAACGCACCGUCUCCUCGUGUUAUCAAAACACACCUACCUUUCCAGCUUGUCCCUAAAAGUUUUUUGAAAAAUAAAUGCAAAAUUAUCUAUGUUGCUCGCAAUGCUAAGGACAACUUAGUCUCCUAUUUCUUCUUUGACCGGAUGAAUUUGACACAGCCGGAGCCAGGGCCAUGGGAUGGCUAUGUUAAGAAAUUCAUGGAGGGCGAAGUUGCAUGGGGCUCUUGGUAUGACCAUGUCCGGCUUUACUGGGAUGAGAUGGCAAACCACCGUAUCCUUUAUGUCUUCUAUGAGGACAUGAAAGAGGACCUGACCCGUGAGAUCCGCCGUUUAAUGGAUUUCUUAGAGGUUGACUUGCCUGAGGACGUUGUUCAGAAGAUCACUCAUCACACCUCCUUUCAGGUCAUGAAGGACAAUCCCAUGAGCAAUUACAGUACUUUCCCCGACGCCCUCUUUGACAAGAAGAUUAGCCCUUUUAUGAGGAAAGGUGAAGUUGGUGACUGGAAGAAUUAUUUCACAGUGGCUCAAAGGGAGAUAUUUGACGCUGAUUACGAGCUCAAGAUGAAAGGAACGACCCUGCGUUUCCGAGAUGUAUUGUAGACUCAAAGAAUCAUCUUCCAUGGGAUUUUCUUUUCCUGGAGCGAAUGCUUUGCAUUUUUUGUAAUCAUGAAAGUGGGUGCUAUUAAAUGCUCCGUGUGAAAUGA